UUGGAAGAAUACAAGCCACAUAAAAUGAAGUGGUUCCAAUUUGGGAGUUAGUUGGAACGGUGAUGUGUUGGAGUUAGGGCGCGACUGUUGUCACUGUCAUGCAACGCAACCGUCUCUCUCGCCCUGACCGCAGUGCCGCAACCUAAAGAGGAGCCGGAGGACGUCUCGCGCCUCUCCGCUGUCCGACCGCCGGUGGAUGCAGAUCUCUAGAAGGCCCGACUCUUGAAUCUGUCAAAGAUCCAAUAGAUGCUUUUUUUUAACACAUCACGUUGUUGGCGGAUAAAGCUCAGGAUUCAUUGAAGGCUUUUUCAUUACAAAGAGUUAUUGAUAAGCCUAUACUUGUUGACGACGAAACCUCUGUACGAGGAAUGACCCACCGGAAGGAUCUAUAAAAAAAGCCAGAGAUUGCUCGGAUCAGGAGGAACGGGAGAGAAGGGUCGCAGCUUGAAUCCAGGAGGAAGGGGGAGGAGAUGGAUAAGAGCCAGAAGAGUGGCCACAGGUGUCUGCCCAAGAGGAUCAUACUGGUGAGGCACGGGGAGAGCCAGGGGAACCUGGACAUGGCCGCGUACACCACCACCCCGGACUGCCGGAUCCCGCUCACGCCGCUGGGCGUCGUGCAGGCGCGCACCGCGGGGGAGCGCAUCCAGCAGGUGGUGUCGGAGGGCGGGCGGGCGGCGAGGUGGAAAGUCUACUUCUACGUGUCGCCUUACGAGCGCACGCGGGCGACGCUGCGGGAGAUAGGGCGGGCAUUCCCGAGGAAGAGGAUCAUCGGGGUGAGGGAGGAGUGCAGGAUCCGGGAGCAGGACUUCGGCAACUUCCAGGUGGAGGAGAGGAUGAAGGUCAUCAAGGAGACGCGGGAGCGCUUCGGCCGCUUCUUCUUCCGCUUCCCGGAGGGCGAGUCCGCGGCGGACGUCUUCGACCGGGUCGCAAGCUUCAUGGAGUCGCUGUGGAGGGACAUCGACAUGAGGAGGCUAGAGCAGGACGACAACUUGGACGUCAACCUCGUGAUCGUGUCGCACGGCCUGACCUCCAGGGUGUUCCUGAUGAAGUGGUUCAAGUGGACCGUGGACCAGUUCGAGCUGCUGAACAACCCCGACAACUGCGAGUUCCGAGUGAUGCAGCUAGGCCCCGGCGGCGAGUACAGCCUCGCCAUCCACCACACGCCGGCGGAGCUGCAGCUUUGGGGGCUUUCGCCGGAGAUGAUCGCGGACCAGCAGUGGAGGGCCACGACCGUCCGCGGCAGCUGGUACGAGAACUGCCCCUGGCACCUCGACAACUUCUUCCACCACCUCAAGGACUCGUCCGACGACGAUGGGUCGUCGGACGAGUGCUACAAUGCAUGAACUAAUUUAUUUUCGGUUGUCUGGUCUCUCCUUGCGUCUCUUCUUCUUCCGUAGAAAAUGAUUCUUUGUGGUACAAGAAUUGCUUCAAUAAACAACACGUCGGUGUGGGCUAUUAUGAGUACAAUAGUAUCUUUUGUGGACCGUCGGACUACAGAAUCCAGCGUAUUAUUUUGGAGUUCCGUAACCAACACACUCGGACACGGGUAGCGGGACCCACUGACCCAAGCCGCUCAUCCACACGGAAUCCGCUAGUCGCGGACACGCUGUUGCCGACUGCUGGCGAAGGGAGCCACUCAUCGAUAGACGCUGUUACGUGUUCCCGCGCCACCUUGACGGCCGCCUCCCCCGGUCUCCGCGAAGGUCGUGACGGGCACUACAUGUCCGUCGGAACCUGGGAAGGCGCGGCGAAAGAGACAGCGCCGCCCACGGGCUGCGGUGACCUUGUCCCGACAACCGCGUCUCAGAUUUAUUUCACCCCUCCGGACAAGUUUCCCACCCUGGAAAAGAACUCCGCAGGAGA